GACUUUUGGGAAAUGUAGUGCUUAGAAACAAAGGCGAGGAGAAAGAAGAGAAACCACCAGGCAGACAGACUGACAGAAUUAGUACAUUAGAAAAAAUGUACAAAGGGCAGCUGACAUUUAAGAUUCAGGAUAUCAGGUUCAUCGACAUGGUCGACAUCACCAAGCUUCAAGUUCUAUUGCACCGUGGUAUUAAUGAUAUGUCAGUGCUGGAUGAUUGCAGAUUAUUGAGUCCAACCCCAAACAUUUAACUUUCAAACAUUCACAUUUGAGUAGCUGCAACCAGAUUUUUAAAAUAUUUUUAUCUUAAAAAUUAGAAAUAACUUGUUGCAGCAUCACGCUUCCUAUAAAACCUACACUUUAGUAAUAAUCAAGAACGUGUACACGCAGAAAAUUAACAUCAGCACUGCACAGAUUUUAUUUUUCUACACAAUUCUGUAAGAUAUUCUGUUAUGUAAGACGCAGUUGCUGCUGGUGGGUGCAAUAUACACAACGUUGCCUCGGGAGUUUUGGAAUAUGAAAAAUGUUCAUUUUCGGACCUGCAGUACUGAAAGGUAUGUGUGCGCUUCAACAUGUCUACUGGGUCUAUUGUGCGUCAGCACAACAAAGCAAUGCGUAAGCAGAGGCAGUGAGUCACUUAUUCUAGUUUGAGGGCCAGCUGUGUGCUAGAUAAAUAAGCAAGUAAGCAUAUUGUUCACUGUGAUACAUGCACUUCCAUUUUCUGCAGUCUUUGCUAUGCUUUCCACAGUAUUACUGUGUAUGUGAAACAUAUAUAAAUGCAUAUGAUGUCUGCAAUGUAUGCUCAAUUUGAUCCAAAUACUGUUUCAGUGUUCACAAAUGGAAGACAGGUGGAGAGCCAUAGUUUGAGUCCUGAUCGCCUGAUGCCUUGUUGUCCGGUCGGCAGAAAACUUCCAGUAGCUUCUGUUGAAAGACAAAUGAGAGGUCAGAGCUGGUAGAGUCAGGCUCUACUCAUCCUCAGGAGAGGCAGAAGCAGCAGUAGCAGAGGGGAGGAUGGCAUUCGGCUGAUCACAGGGAACUAAAGUUGGCCAUGGAGAAAUUGAAAGGUCCCAACGUAGCAUGCACCAAAGCCAACUGUGGAUGGAGAGCCCUGCUUCUCCCGCAACUGAACAGACAGUCCCUGUACGUGUACGGCAGCGAGGUGGCCGUGGAGAAGGAGUGUAUGCGACAGCUGGAGAGUGGAGUCUUUGUCAUUCACCCUUUCAGCCUCAUGAGGAGUUACUACAUCUUGAUCAUGAUGGUCAUCACAUUUCUGAACCUGAUUGGGAUUCCCAUGGAGAUAGCCUUUCUGGACGGAAACAGCGGGCUGGCAUGGGAAGGCUUUAACGUGUUUUCAGACACUUUGUUCCUAAUAGAUGUGGCACUGAAUUUCCGGACGGGGAUCAUAACCGAGGACGCAGAGGAAGCAAUUCUGGAUAUCAAGCGGAUCCGAGUCAGCUACCUGAGGACAUGGUUCAUUCCAGACGUUAUAGCAGCUUUCCCAAUUGGCUACAUACUGCUGUUUGCGGGACUACAUUACCACAACGAUGACAACCCCUCCAAGACCAACAAGAUGAUGAGGAUACUGAUGUUUGUGCGGAUCCUCAGUUUAAUCAGGCUGGCUCGAGUCUCCAGACUGGUCCGGUUCUUCAACGAAGUGGAGAAAGUGUCAAAUGCAAACCUGGAGGUGGUUCGCCUGUUCAUCCGCAUCAUGUCUCUCUUCACAAUGAUUUUCCUGCUGUGCCACUGGAACGGAUGCAUCCAGUAUUUUGUGCCUAUGCUGGAGGAGUUUCCCAACGACUGCUGGGUCCGCAAAGAAAACCUGAUGAAUGCCACGGUCAUCGUUAAGUACUCAUGGGGUGUUUUCCGAGCUCUCUCCCAGAUGAUUGCUCUCUCUUAUGGCUCCAUGGAUGCUCCAACAAAUUAUGUUGAAAUGUGGAUCGUCAUGGUCAGCAUGGUGUCCGGAUGUCUGAUGUACACCGUCCUCGUGGCCAAUGCGACAGCCAUGAUCGCCAACCUUGACCCAGCGGCCAAGGAGUACAAGAGCAAGAUGAGCCGUUUGGAGCACUACAUGGCCUUCAUGAAGCUCCCUCCAGAGUUGCAGCUUCGCCUCAACAAUUACUACCAGGCUCGCUAUGGAGGGAAGUGGUUUGAUGAGAAGGACGUCAUGGACACCGUGUCCUCAGCACUCAAAGAGCAAAUCGUGACAGUGAUGUGCAGCCGGCUGCUGAGAAACGUGCCGAUGUUUCAGAACAGAGAUCAAAGCUUCAUCAACACCGUCCUCCUCAAACUGCAGUACGAGGUUUUCCAGGAAGGAGACAUCAUCGUCCGACAGAAUGUCCCGGGCGACCGCAUGUUCUUCAUCGAUCACGGCCAGGUCCUUGUGGAGACCGAUUCCUAUGAAAGGGAACUGUGUGAUGGAGACUUCUUUGGAGAGACAUGUGUGCUGAACAAGGGCAAACAUCUGGCCACAGUGAAAGCACUGACCGACUGCCAGUGUUUCUCUCUGUCCUGGGACGACUUUCAGGAUGCGCUGGAGGGCUUCCCAGAUGUCAGGAAGGACUUGGAAAAAUUGGCUCUGCUCAACUCUGAUGGUGGACUCGUGUAAGAACAAAAACAGCACUUGGAAUUACAGUAUUACCUAAAAGGACGACGCGUUUCAUGGGCAUUUUGGGUAGUUGCGUCAUGGACCAUGAGACUCACCCACAUGGACGCCAGUUGGACUCUUAUUCAAGGACAUUAUGGAAAGUUUUAAAGUCUUUCAAUCUAGGAGUUAUUAUGUCUGCUGAUCCAACAGUUAUCAGUAAUAAACAAGACUAAACAUGGUGAAGGAUUUGAUCUCAGUCACCUUCUUCUCCGUAUCCCAGUAAUGAGGCUUAUCCUGGUUUAGUGUUUACAUGGAACACAGAGAAAUCUGGUCAUUCACAUCCUUAUGGUCAUAAGAAAUACUUAACAUUAAUUAAUUCAACUUUGCUGUAGGCUGUAUGCACAUGUGCCUGCUAGCCUUUCACCCUUCCACUAUCUUUUUCAUUUUGAAAGACAACACUUAAGCCAUAAACUAGACACUUUUGUUGCCAGGCAAAUUGUUUCUGUUACGUCAGCUGUAUAGGUAAGCAGCAACAAGAAGCUAGUAUAGUAUACAGCCACUCCAGCUAGUAUAGGAUUUCUCUAGACUGGGGUAAGUUCUUAUACAGGUUAUGGAAAUACACAGGAUUUUACAUAUAUACUAAAAUACUCAGUCAAUGCAUAUUAUUUGUGGCAAAAGAAUAAAAAUUUGGUCAAAUAUAAGCAAUAAGGAGGUUUUACACUAAUUUGGCUGUUAGAGGAACUUAUUUAUGCAAAAGGCAUUCAGUAAAAUUUUUACCAAUUUGUUCAAAUAGUUAUCACAGUUAGGGACUGUUGUGGAGGGCUACACCAAUAAUAACAAAUAAUAAUUAGUGCGGCCAUCUGGAACAGUCCGUUUCUCAUGUGGUCCCUUGGAAAAAUGAAAUGCCCACCACUGGUUUAGACCAACUGUUUUAUCUUUGAUCUACCUGUGAGUGCUCCUGUUCAUGACGGAUGUUUUACCUCAAAACAGUCAUAGUAUGGCUAAUCAUGAAUAUGCACUUGUAACUGUCUGAUUUCUUGGGUUCUUAACCUCUUUGAACUUUUUAUUCCCAGAUCUCAGCAAUUACAUUUACUGCCAUGUUAACAGCUCUGCACUGUGCACAGUAACAACACUAACGUUUGCUUGUUGAAAUGUUGAGUUUCUCAGGUAUUUGGCUUUAAACUAUUAGACAAAGAGAAAUUUUGGUCUUGUGCUCCUCAGGUGACCAUAUUAAUAAAUAUCUUCAUGCAGUCCAGCUCAGAUUUUCUCCAAAUAUCUUAAAAUGAUGAGCUAAAAAAUUAUGAUCACCUCUCUAAUAUGCUGUGCUCCGUCCUGUGGUUAUCUGGCACUUUGUGGCAGAUCCUCAAAGUCCUGUGAGUUGCAAGGCGGAGCCAACGUGAAUCCAAACACAAACCUAUUGUCACCAGGUGACAAUAGGUUUGAGGGAAGUUGUUACUGAAGUGUUCCAACCCAGUUGUCUGGCCAUCAUGAUAAAAAUCUGGUCCUAGUCACAGACUCUCAGGACUACACAUGCAACUUUUCUCCCACAUUCAACAAAAUGACUGUGAGAUCACUUAUUGUCUAAUAUAGCUCAGAGAAUCAUUUCAUCUGUGAUUGGUUGUAAUGUUUUAGCUCAUCUGUGUAGAUAAGACCCAAGUUUUAAUAAACUGGACUUUAGCCAUAAAGAAAGGCAAA